AUGGGCGAGAUUGUCGAUAUCAGCACAAAGAGUCUUUUGGAGCUGUUGGAGCCACCGGCUCCGUCUGUAGAGGAGACAGGAGAGGUGUUGGAUGCCGCUUCGUCGUUGCUUGAUAUCAGCUCCACCGAUGGCCGCAGACUCUGGCAGAUGCUCUUCGAAGAAGAGAUGCCAGAAGUCAGACCUCCCGAAGAAGAAAAAAAAGACCACAUGAUCGCUGGUGACGAGAUGCUGGUGAUAGACCGCAAUCGUCCUUGGCUAAAGGACGCUCCGCGACAAUAUGUGCAUACAUACAAGAAAAAGCCGGCCGUAACGUACGAUGUCUCCGUGGCUCUUUACGUUAAGAAAGCUUACCCCGACGUGCACGUUGACAUGAUAAUGCCCGAUGAUGCUUCGCUUGCUAGGCUGCGCAAGAACGACAUGUAUUUCCUCCUCAUCUUCGACAUCGUGGACUCGUGGCAUUCCAAGACGACCGAGGCCAGGAAGAGUUUCGUGAAGGCCAUCACGGAGGCCGAUAACGUCUUUCCUAGCGGAUACUAUCAACGACUCGUGGCACACAAGAAUCUAUACUACGAUUACCUGCGCAAAGCGGGUAUACCAGUCGCCGACUUUCUCUAUUUCUCGUCGAGCGACUACAAAAAGGGCGGUGCGGAAGGUGUCAUUCGGACCCUCCGGCGUCAGAUGAAGGCGAAGAAGUGGAAGGACUUCGUGGCGAAGCCCGUGCUCGGACAGGGCUCGGCCGACUUCAAGUUCUUUCCAGCCAGCGUGGAAGACCACAGGCUCGCGGGGUACCUCGAGAAAAUCUUCAAGGUGGGAUAUCCAGGAGUAAUCUUCCAGGUCUUUAUCGAGGGCUUCGCCGACGACACCCCCGAAUUCCGCCAGUUCUACGUCGAGAAAAGGUACAUGUACACUAUGAUUACGGACGAACAGCAUGAGGACGAGAGACAGCCGAAGAGCGAAGGCGGUACCUUUCAAGAUAACAAGCAAUUGAGGGAUGCGCGGCGACUGGGCGACGAGGUCAUUGCCAAACUGCCGCCGCAAUUCACCGUGGGCAAAAUCGCGUUACCGCGGCUCCUCACCCGCGUCGAUGUGGGCUGUUGCUUGAAUGGGAAGAUGUUCUGCAGCGAGGUAGAGUACGUGCCCAGCCUCUUCAUCAACAGCGUCAAGAAGCUGAAGAUAGACGCCGAGCUCGCCGAGCAGGCCGUGGCUAUCACGCGCGAAUUCCUUCGAUUGAAACGGACGCAAUGA